AUGGGAUUCCUCCAUUCUACAAUCUAUACACAUACACACUUUGCUUUAGCCCUUCACAAUUACGACGAUGACUCAGACCAGUUCAAUAUCAGUGACUACUAUCCGCCUGCCUCUCAAGGCGCUAUUAUCGUCACGACCCGGCGACAACAUAUUGUUAACGGACGCACCAAAACUCUUAAUAUUAAAGCUUUUCAAAACAUUGAAGACAGCCUUGCCAUCCUCAAAACCCGCUCAAAACGACUAGAUGUUCGAACUGAUCCUUAUGCAAAGCUCCUCGCAGAGCGACUUGGAGGUCUUCCUCUCGCUUUAGCUACUGCUGGGACGUAUCUUCAACACAUUCCUCUUACCUUCAAGCGUUACCUACAAGAAUAUGAAAAACGCUGGAACAUUGAUCCCUAUCGCCCUACUGAGCUCCAGGAUUAUCGUGAACACACACUCUAUACGACAUGGGAUAUCUCAUACGACUCUCUAAAGAAAAAAGACCUAGAUGCGGCAAAGCUACUCAAACUCUUGGCCUAUUUUGGUAACCAGGGCCUUUGGUAUGAGCUUUUUUCGGAAGGUCUAACAGAAAGGUCUCCAGAAUGGCUAUAUAACAUGCUCACAGACGAUUUAUCUUUCCGGGGAGUCAUGAGGGUCUUAACUGAUUGGUACUUUCUAGAAGUUGAUUCAUCAUCAGGAUUAUGGAGUAUGCAUAACUGCGUUCAUGACUGGACGUUAGCCGCGCUUAAUAAGGUUAUCAACACACAGUAUUACUGGUUUGCUAUAGAUUGCGUUAAUGCGACUACGAGAGAAUUCGACACAGAUUUUUUGGGAAAUGUAGUUUUUUCCCGCUUAACUAGUCACGCAACACGACUAGCAAAUCAACAGUUUCUCGAAGCGAUCUAUGAUCCUACACCCGAUCAACUUGAUCAAUUAUUAUUUACUUCACAAUUGCUUCAAGAUCAAAUUCAGCUUACUACUGCCGAGAAGAUGUAUAUGCGGGCGCUAGCUGGGUACGAGAAAGCGCUCGGGUCAGACCACACAUCGACCCUUCUGACCGUCAACAAUCUCGGGCUUCUAUAUAGUGAUCAAGGCAAGCUGGACGAGGCCGAGCAGAUGUAUAUGCGGGCGCUAGCUGGGUACGAGAAAGCGCUCGGACCAGACCACACAUGGACCCUUGGCAGCGUCCAUAAUCUCGGCAACCUAUAUCGUGAUCAAGGCAAGCUGGACGAGGCCGAGCAAAUGUAUAUGCGGGCGCUAGCUGGGUGCGAGAAAGCGCUCGGAUCAGACCACACAUCGACCCUUGAGACCGUCAACAAUCUCGGCAACCUAUAUAGUGAUCAAGGCAAGCUGGACGAGGCCGAGCAGAUGUAUAUGCGGGCGCUAGCUGGGAAGGAGAAAGCGCUCGGAUCAGACCACACAUCGACCCUUCUGACCGUCAACAAUCUCGGCAACCUAUAUAGUGAUCAAGGCAAGCUGGACGAGGCCGAGCAGAUGUAUAUGCGGGCGCUAGCUGGGAAGGAGAAAGCGCUCGGAUCAGACCACACAUCGACCCUUCUGACCGUCAACAAUCUCGGCAACCUAUAUCGUGAUCAAGGCAAGCUGGACGAGGCCGAGCAGAUGUAUAUGCGGGCGCUAGCUGGGUACGAGAAAGCGCUCGGACCAGACCACACAUCGACCCUUGACAGCGUCAACAAUCUCGGGCUUCUAUAUAGUGAUCAAGGCAAGCUGGACGAGGCCGAGCAGAUGUAUAUGCGGGCGCUAGCUGGGUACGAGAAAGCGCUCGGAUCAGACCACAAAUCAACCCUUGAGACCGUCAACUCUCUCAGCAGCCUCCGACAUCAUUAUGGCAAGCUUAAUAAGGUGAAGCGAAUUUACAUGCGGGUGAGGGCUAGGAUAAGAUCAUAG